CAGGCAGCAGCAGCUCUACUUUAGCGGGCACAAAAGAUUUCAUGCCCUGAAGUAUCAGUCAAUAAUGUGCCCGAAUGGCAUCAUUUGCCAAUUGGAUGGAUGUUAUCCAGGCAGCAAGCACGAUGCUGGCAACUUUGGCAACAGCCAGGCAUACACAAAGCUGGAAAAGCUCGUGCAGGGACACCACUACUGCCUCUACGGGGACCCUGCUUACCCAUUGCGGCCACUGCUGUUGAAACCUUACGGUGGUGCAUCUUUGACACCGGAGCAAUGCGCGUUUAACAAGGCAAUGAGCAGCGUGAGGCAGGCCGUGGAAUGGGGCUUCGGAAAAAUUGCUGGACUUUUUGCCUUUGGAUUUAAAAAAAACCAGAAGAUCUUCUGCCAGAAUGUUGCAAGGAUGUACAAAGCGAGUGCAUUGCUGGCAAACUGCCAUACUUGCCUGUAUGGUGCACAGGUCUCGCAAUACUUUGACCUGCAACCACCAUCCUUGGAAGUGUACCUGAAUGCCCGUUAACUUUAGUGACAGCUUGCAAUGUGGCACUGGUGAAUCCUUUUGCUUAUUAAAAGAAUAAAGUGUGAAACAAACCACUUUUUUUAUUAUUCACCUGUUUCCAGGCAUUCUUGUU